UCUACUGCCAGUUCCAGUUAUAAAGUCAGUUUUAAUAUGAACUUUUCGUGUAGAUUAGUACCAACUAGGAAUAGAUCAUUUUGUUGAAUUAAUUCCGGUUUAUUAACUUUGAAUUUGUAGUAAUUAAACUUAUCCUUGGAAACAAGUGUUGUUUGUUUACCAUUUGAAAUUUUUUGUAAACAAUAUUAUGAUGGCCGUAUUUGUUUGCCGCCGGAUCCUAAGCAAUAUUUGUGAUGAGUGAAACAGACGAUACGGAUGUUCUCCUACUAAUACCUCCAAAUUUUUUCCUCGUCCAGUCUUCUGAUUCUGAUAUUUCACCACUGGAGUCCUCUAGAACUGUUGUUCACAAACCAGUUUCAUGCACUGCUCAGGUACUUGGUAAACUUGUUGAUCAGGUACACACACUCAAAUCUAGGCUUGAAAGUAUAGAAUUGGAUUCCAAUAUAAGCGCCUCGCUCUCUUCCUAUAUAACAGGAGAUUCGGAGAGCAUUAGAUGUCGUAGCAUUGACAGAAAGUGUUUCACAUUCCCGCGUCGCCGUCGUAGAAAAUAUAAAAAAGAUAAAGCUAAGGACUCAUCACUAACAAGUCUAGAUACAAUCAGCAACAUUAUUAAGUUCAAAGAGAAUGCUAGGUUUGAGUUUGAUGAAUGCCACAGUAUGGAUGGUGAUAUAAGUAGCAUUGUUUCAUCUCCAAGUAAAAAAAACAAUACACUUUUUCUUAAUGAAAUUGAUGAGUAUUUGUCUAAAGUGGAGUCAUUUCAAAAUCCAAACAGAAGGGAUCAUGAGUCUGUUAGUCCAGAGAAUAUAAUCAAAGCAACAGGUGAUUAUCUGAAGAGUAAAUAUGACUGCAAGAGUAACAGAAAUGUUGGUUCCGCUAACAUGAUACCUGACAGUAACAUUUUGGAGAAGUACAUAUAUCUAAAUAAUCCUACUCAUUCAGAAGCAUCACAUGAUUCCCUAAAAAUGGAUCAAAAAGCACCAAGUAUACCUAGUGACAAUCAACCUAAGUCACCCACUGUACGAAGACUUAAUUUCUCUGAAAGCAGAGAUGUGCAAUCUACGUCAACACCAAAACGACAGUCUACAAAUUCACAGUGCACAUUUAAACCGAGUUCAAAUAAAGUAUACAACCAAGCCACAAAAAUGUUAGAACAGUAUAAUAAAUCCCAGAGUUACAGCUGCGACUUACAAUCCUCAAGACAGGAGACCAAUGCACAGAAGGAAGAGUUUAAAAUGCCCCAAAUGCGACCAUUUAGAUUAGAGAGCAGAGAUGAACAUAAAUUGCAUAAUAUAGAUACAAUAGAUACUGAUCUUAUUAGUUUGAGUGAGCUCUGGGGUGGAAGGGAGGGGGGAGAAAAAUAUGACAAUAACAAAUUAGAGGAAGAAAGGUUGAAAAGAGAGCAUUGUGAGGCAAUGAUACAACAACUGCAGAGGAAGAUCUUAGAGCAGCAGGAGAAGUUAGCUGUAGCAGUCAAAGUAGACCGUUCUAAAGAUGCAGCAAUUAAUAAAAUGAAGGAAUCUUGGUUUCGACUCACAAGUAGUCUUGAUAAAGCAGAAGAAAGACACAGAUCAGCUCUUGAUGAGAUGAAUCGUCAAGUAGAUAAUUUUAAGAUUGUUGCCGAAGAAGCCCAGAAGAAAACAAAACAUUUUGAGUCUGAACUGUACAAAGCUCUAGAUUUAGCCCAUGAUUAUCAAGAGAAGUAUAAACAGCUGAGUACAGAAAAAAUUGUACUACAAGAUACUGUGAAUGAAGCAUUGACGUGCAAAGAUGAAGUAAUAAGGAACAAGGAUAGAGAAAUAGAAGUUCUGAAGGAGAACUACGAAACAGUGAUGAGACUUAACAAACAAUCCACUGACUGUGCUAAGAAUCUUGAAGAUGCAUUAGAAAGAGAAAAAUCUGAUCAUGAUUUAACGAAGGCUAAAAUAAAUGAAUUGAACAUUAAAAUUGAUCAAAUGACGGAUGACAAAUCUCUGGUGUUGCAAGAGAGAGACAUGCUGAAGGUGAAAAUCACCGAGGAGAAAGCGAGGAGCAGUAUGCUGGAGAGACAGCUUUGUGAUACACAGAACCAGCUCAGCGAUAUGUUGAGGAAAUGUGACAGUCUAGAUAAUGAAACUAAAAACCUCAGAAAGCACCUCGAACUUCAAAAGAGUGAGCUGAAGAGUCAUUACCAGCAGCAGUUAGAGGAAGCAGUGAUAGGGAAGCUACAAGAGUUCCAGAAACAGCUAGACCUCGCUGAGAGAGAUAUGGAGGCUGCGGCCAGGCGCCGGGAGAAUGUUCUUGUUGAAUCAUACAAUAAGCAGAUAUUGAGGAUCGAAGAGCAACAUCGCCUCGAGGUGAAUGUUCUGGAAGAGAAACAGAAGGAAGAAAUAAAGCUGUGCAGACUGCAACUGGCACAGGCUACUGAGAAGAUUGGAUUGCUGGAAAGCAAGGUGGAUGGAUACAGGCGUCGGCGCGGUGAACUGGCGGCACAACUGCACUCCGUGAUGGAGGCGCAGUGGAGGCAGGCGCUGUCCAUCCUCACCGAUCACACGCAUCACCAAGCCCAAACUCCUCGGCCACAAGAGUACACGUCUAAAAUACCUCCGCUGAGCGUUCCCUCCUUAGAGAAGCUACUGCGGGACAGUGAGGGAGCGCACAGAGGGAUGGGAAGGGGUGACGAGGACCCGCCGAGGGAUCGCAGCGACGACUUGAGCGACACAGAGCUGCACGACUAUGUUAGGACUUUACUCUCGAAGCCGGUUAAGUUCGAUGCGAGCGAGAAGCCUGAGCGAGACAGAGACAGACAGAGCGACGAGAGCCGAGCGCGAGCCGAGCGACACCCGGACAGACAGACGACCGGACACGGCAGCAAACCACCGUGGAAGGCGUGACGCCGGCGAACCGUUACCUGGGCUCCACUCAUAGUUCCAGGAAAGAUGUUCGAUAAUUUUAAAUUAUAAAUUAAAAAAAAAUUGAAUCGACCCAUACAUGUGUAAUCAGUACACCUGAUUCUGGAAGCUUAUGUUGAGAAUAAUAAGCAAGAGACUUAAUAAUUUUAAACAAAAUGUAAUAUAUUAUAAUUAUAAAAUGCUUGCCUGUUUUUUUUUAGAUAAAACCAACCUUAAAUCAUUCAAAUUGAGCUCAAAAUGGUUUUGAAGUUCAACUUGAUAAUUUAUUACAAUAGACUGAUUUUAGAAUUCCUUUAGCAUUUUCUGUCUCUUUUGACAGAUGACAUUAACUGUUUACUGUUCCAUUAUGAAAUAAUUUAUCGCCUAUAUUUGCCAAAUACAAUAUUAAAAUUAUUAAACAUGGUAUGUGCCUUGUAAUUUAUGCUAUUUAUACAAAUCUCCCUCGAGAUAAUAUGAAAUAGUAAUUAAUCAGUUAGAUAUUUAUUACAUAUUAAGAAGUUCCUGUAAUAUUCUAUAUUUUGUCAAAUAUUGUCUUGUAAUAUAAUUUUAUAAAUAA